CAAGCCGGUCUACACUUCCCCAGCGGAAUACACAAUGCAGCCUAGCAUCCACGAGUACAUGGCUACCUCUCUCACCCUAAGCGACGACAGCAGCGCUCCCUACCCAGACCCAGACCCAGACCCUAUCCACCUGGCCGCGCUACAAGCCCUCGUAAUCCCGUGCGAUAAGCUGCAAGAGCAAGGAUACGUGCUCGACACUCUCACGGAAGAAGACCUCGAGCGGCAAAAGCGCUGUGCCGGCUGCGGCAAAACCAUGGGCAGCCUCCUUAAGCGCAGGAACAAGCUGCCUUCCAAGCCGAAACCACAAGAACAUGACGGCGACGCAGCGGAAAACCCAGCAAUCGAGCUAAGCCCGUCCCCAGGCCAACAAAGCGGCGCAGCAGAAGAGCGUCCCGAGGAACCAGCCACAGCAGCGCCCGUCCUCCGCUGCCGCUUCCACGCCGGCGCCCUCGUCGCCGUAUACACACCCGUAGGCAGCACGCGCAGCCGCAGGAAGAUGUGGUCCUGUUGCAGCAAGCCGCCGGCCGGCUCGCCCUGCUCCGGCGCCGAAAACCACGUCGCGGCCGAGUACCCGCCGGGCCAGAUGCAUCGCGAGUGGCAGUACCACGCCACUCGACCGCACGCGGGCCUGCACGCCACCACAGCCCGCCCCGCCGUCGCCAUCGACUGCGAGAUGGGCACUGCCAUGAGCGGCGACUCUGAGCUGAUUCGUGUCACGCUGAUCGAUUACUUCACCGACGAGGUGUUGGUGGAUAGCCUCGUGUUUCCAGACGUCCCUAUGCUCGAGCUCAGGACCAGGUUUUCCGGCGUCACGUGGAAUGCGCUGAGGAAGGCGAGGCCGGAGCGGACGUGCCUUUUCGGCCGCGACAGCGCGCGCGACGCCGUGUGGCGGUUCGUGGGGCCCGAGACGGUAGUGGUUGGGCACUCGGCGAACAACGACUUGAAGGCGCUGCGGUGGAUGCAUCGUGUUGUAGUGGACACAUUUUUGCUAGAGGCACUGCGCCCAGCGGCGAAAGAAGAAGAAGAGAAAGAAGAAGGGAAGAAGACCGAGAGCGACUCAACAACGGAACAGUCCGUUCCCCCCACCGCCGAUCAAACUCCACCCACCGGUGCACAGCCGCAAAAGAAGAAACUCCCGAGGGGAAGCAGCCCCAUGUCGCUGAAAUCGCUAGCAAAGGCAAAGCUUGGCCGCGAGAUCCAGAAGGCGGGUAAGAGCGGGCAUGACAGCCUGGAGGACGCGUUGGCUACGAGGGAUUUAGCACGGUGGGUCGUGUUGGAAGGGUUGAAGGAGAAUUAGGUACGCAGAGUGACGUUUUUUCGGUUAAUUUAUCAUGGAGCUUGCUCGGCUGAGGUGGGCUGGAGAAAUAAACUGUGUUGGCGGAUUGGCUGGGAUCGAACGAGGCACAUAGAGGUUUCUUUUAUAUCCGGAUUUAGUUACGGCUGCUCGUAUAACACUUUCGUUACUUCUUACCUUGUGAGCAUAAUGGUCCAUGUAAUCUAGGAGAAGCUGCUAAACGCUACACUACAGGUUCUAUUUCGUUACUAGGG